AUGGCAAAGGCAAAGGCCAAGAAGAAGACCAUGGUGAAGGGCCAGCAGAGCCUGUUCAAGUACAUGAGUUCUAGUCCGAGUCCAACACCAAAGAAGAGCAAGAAAGAGGAAGAGGAUGAAGCAGCAGAAGACUCGCCAAGCUCGACUGGAUCGCAGGUGGAGAAUCUAGAUCCCAAGGAGACGACAAAGGCCAAGCGAAAGGCAGCUGCUAGUACUAUUACUACCAAGACUACUACAAAGACGACCACAAAGAAGAAGGCAGAAGAAGAAGAACCCGCCAAGAAGCGCGUCAAGAAAAAUGACAAACAGAAAAAUGACGAGGAGAAAAAGGAAAUGGAGGAAAAUGACAAUGACAAUGACAUGGAGGUGGAGGAAGAGAAAAAUGAGGCAAAAUAUCCAGAUGGAACCAAAAUCUACAAGAAUUUCGGGGAUCACGGGUGGUUUCACGGAACGGUGUUGUCCUUUGAUGGAGACACUUAUUUAGUGCAAUAUGACGAUGGUGAUAAGGAAGACCUUUCUGAGACGGAAUUGGAAGACGUCCUGGAAAAGCCAAACGACAAAAGUAGCAAGAAAGCAACUACUACCUCUAGUAGGGCCAGUCGUCGUCGUGCGAGCAAUUACAAGGAGGAUUCGGAUGAUGACGAGGAAGCCAUUCUGGUGGACUCGGAUGACGAGGAACCCAAACCGAAGAAGAAAGCAUCCUCCCAUGCCAUGGAGGUGGAAGAAGCCAAGCCGAAGAAAAAGGCAGCCACCAAGAAGAAAGCAGCCGCCAAGAAAAAGGGCAAGAAAAAGAGUGAUGACGACGACGAUGACAUGCAUGUGGAAGAAAACCUCAAUGCCGUGCAACGAGAUUUCCAAAACAAAUUGGCCAAAGAUCUCAAAGCCGUUGAUCCAAAGAACAAUCCACAAAAGUUGCCCGAAAACGGACCCUUUGUCGAUCCGGUGGGAGUCGAUCCGACGCAUGGGAUUGUAGAAGAAAUUGUCUCGGCACAAGUCCGAAAGGUCGGACGAUUGCUGCAAGGAGUUGCCGAACGACAACGACAGAGUCGUGACGAGGAACCCCCCAUGGGAGAAUUGCAGUACCCGCUUCGUCUGCAAACGGCUUGCUCGGGAACUGAUGCUCCUUCCAUUGCUCUCGGCUUGAUCAAGGAAUCCAUUGACAAGAUGUUGCCUCACGACCAGGCGUUCUUUGAGUACUCGCACGAAAUGUCUUGCGAAAUUGAACCCUUUAAACAAGCGUACAUUGGACGCAACUUUCCAGGUGUUCCCCUCUUUCCGGAUAUUACCAAGUUGACCGAAUCGGAACAAGUCUUGGAUGUCUAUGGUCGAGAACAAACACUGCCGGAUGGAAAUCUGUUUGUGGCGGGAACGUCCUGCAAAGAUUUUAGCAUGCUCAAGACACGGUAUCGUCUCGAUAUUGAAGACAAGGGUACGUCGGGAGAAACAUUCUUGGCGGCCGUGGAAUUCUUGGAGCAAAAGCAGCCACCUGUGGCCAUUUUUGAAAAUGUCGACAAGGCGCCUUGGGACAAGAUGCAAGAAUACAUUCGUGGACGUGUCAAUCUGGCAGAGCGAAACACCCUCCAAGGUAUUGUCGGAGGCAAGACAAAAAAUACUGAUGCCGAGACUCAUCUCAAGUUCUCUGUCGACGACGAAGGUCGCUACAUCGCGGAGGAGAUUCCUCGUCAAGUCGGUAUCAAGGCCGGUGUUGUCGUGGAAGGAUUUGUGAAAGGUGGCAAGAAGUCCAGCAACGUUCAACCCCUGGUCUGCCCGAAAGAGAAGAGGAAGGGUGGCUUGGUCACAUUGGGACAGUUGGCCAAACGGCAUAAGAUCGAUUUGGAGGCUGAUACUCUUGUCAUGGAAAAGAAAGCCCGUUACUGUACUAAAUUGUUCAGGCUGGACACUAAGGAGUAUGGGCUUCCUCAGACCCGAAACCGAAAGUACUUGUUCAUUUGGCGAUCAGAUGACCCAGACGACGAUCUCGGAGACUACUUUGAAGACAUCAUGAAUCAUCUCAAGACUCCUCUUCUCCACUCCAUGGAUGCCUUCUUGCUGCCAGACACACAUGAUCGCGUUCGGUGCUUUCGAGAGGCACUUCGGUCUGGUCCAGGACUAAUGGUUGCAAAGGAGCGCGCCCGGGAGAAAGAUUUCUGGAACUGGGAAGAAUCGCGUGUAAAGGACUUGACCCUUCACCUGGCCUACCGGAAGAACUGCGGUAUUGAAGAACGCUCUAGAUGGAUUACUGGGUGGAACGUUGGUGGGCGCAAGCUUCUUGCUCCGGGAUGCUGGCCUGAAUUAUUCGACUGCUGGAACCAUCGUCGUUUGGACUUGAUUGAUUGUUUUGCUGCCUCGGCCGCUCGUGACGCGAUCGCCCGCGAUGCAUUGCAUCAUUCGUUCACGUGGGACAUGAGUCAAAACGUAUCCAGAGCUCCCUUCCGUUCAGGCGGGGUUGGUGUCAGUGGUUGCGUCACUCCUGGAGGAGAGUUGCUGCUACCCCGCAAAGGCCGAACAGCGAUGGGGUACGAGAAACUGUUGCUUCAGGGGAUCCCUUUCUCUCGCCUAUUGCUAGGACCGGAAUCGGAAGUCCAGCUUUCUGAUUUGGCAGGAAAUGCUAUGUCUGUCUCUGUCGUGUGCGCCACCAUGCUCGCGGCAAUCUGCGCCCCGCAACUGCGACGGGAGAUGGAAGCUAGUAAAUCGGCGUCUUUGAAAGAUUUUGGCGUGAAUCAGAAGUAUGAUUCGUCAAAUGGCGCUGUCCUGGCUGAACGCGGGGAUCUCUACAAUUCAGAAAGAGACACAAAUGCCAAGGAUUUUGCCGAUGUGUUUAUCGAUAUUGCCAAGGAACUGGCUCGUGAUGCCUUCCGGUCGUCGGUGCUGUGCACUUGUGAAUCGUCCGGUACGACCACCAAAGAUCCCACCAUUCUUCAAUGUUUGGGCUGCGGAUGGCGUGUUUGCCACGGCUGCUCCCAUCGGUAUCGAACUCAGUGUCACAAGCUCUCGGAGAUUGAUGCGGCAGGGAAGGAUGGCAGGCCUGAUGUGAAUGCGUUUGAGAGAAAGCUCAGGUGUGUUGUCCCUUCCAUUCUGCGCCUCGGCCAAGGUACAGAAGAGAAAAUUCGGGGCGCCACUGGUCUCGAAAGUUACUCCUUCGAGCUCCAACAGGUGGACAGGAAGAAGGGGCAUUGGCAGCUGACAUACGGCGCCUGGGAAGAUCAUGGCUCAGCCCGACAAGUAGCCGAGAUCCGCGUUGAGAUUGGGUCCUUGACGGCAUUGGAUAGCCAGGUUGGAUUUGCUGCCUAUUUGAGGUGCUUCGCCCCGGCCAUUCGACACAUCAAGCCGCACCGUGGUGCUCUGAAGGAUUCUGCUCGCAUCAGAUACAGAAUUGAUGACUCCAAUAAGAGCUUGCCAUGCUGGGAGAUUCCAGCCUCGCCGACGAAAUGCAACCUCAAGAUUGAAGGGACUGGAGAGGUAGAUUCUCAGCGGGUUCAGAUCGGCUUGAACGACGUGGCGGCAAAGUCGCUGAAGAAUCACAUUGUCAAGAAAGCAUUCCAGGUGGAUAUUGAUUCUCGAAACUCGAUGUCACAUUACCACAAGAAGUGGAAGACCUGGCCAAAGGAGAUUGCCAUGUCUGGUGAUGAAUCUGGUCGAGUCAACGGUACAUAUUCUUACGUAGGCUGCCAACAGACAGUUGUGCAUUCUGCCCUCUGGCGGCGAGAUGCAACCGAAGAUCAACCCGCAAUGUACCUCUUUUUCCGGCCAGACGUCAUCCGCACCCACCUUGAUGUCGCUGUCAUCUCUCCCACACCAUCUUAUCAUGACCAAGAAGAAAUAUCCGAGCUGCAUGACUGGAUCCCAGAGAAUGCUCUGGAGGAGAAAACGCAUAAAACGAAGGCAAAGUUCCUGGAAUGGGAUCAGUGCCCCGACGGCUUGAAGGUUGAGGUCCCAAAGCCCGCGUUGGCCAUGGUGACUCAGUCCCAGCAGUUCCACGAACGAGCUUCCCUCUCUUCUGCCAGCGAAGAUGCGCCAGUCCUGUGCGAGGUCAAGGGCUUGUCUGAGGAUGUCAUUUCCUCUCUAUUGGAGUAUAACGAGGCAAAUGCAGGAGGCAGCGUUUCAGCAAUUGAUCUUGUAGGCCGCUCUGGAACACGAAAUGCCAAGCGCUUGUCCAUCGUUGCAGCGCCAUCUCUCUUGAAGUACGCGGCUCAAGGCAAGCUCCCUUUAGAGUUCUCGAAGUGGUACCAACUGACAUCGUCCAUUCAGUUCGGACAGUGCCAAGUCAAUGUACCUGCACGGCCCGCAGAGCAGUGGCGCGAGGUCAGAGGGCAGAGGAUGACUGUCGAACGUUUUUAUGAUGCCGAAGAAUCCAACGAUUAUUACCAGAGGUUGUUGAACCGGCCCACAGCGUUCAAAGUCAACGUUAUCAAGCCAAAGGGAAUUCUCGAGGUUCGCAUGGCCCCCACCGUUGCGGCCCAUCGAGCUGCCGCACAGCUUGGGGGCGAAGAAUCUGGCUCUGUUGUGGUGGAUUAUUGUCUCGCGGAGUUGUCCUCCAUGGGCGAACCUGACACGAAAGAUUUCCACGUCCCGAACUCGGAUGCGCACGAGGAAACCCACGUGGAUGGCUUGGUGCUUCCGCUCUACAAGCGUCAAGCCAAGGCGCUGACUCGGAUGCUAUCAAUUGAGGACGGAAAGGUUCCUUUUUCAGAAGAGGAACGCUCAGAACACGUCCUCCCAGGAAUCGGCUGGUGUUUGAUAGCGAGAGCCUCAAAGAAGUCUCCUCUUCGUGGCGGUGUGCUCGGAGAUGCAAUCGGAAGCGGAAAAACAGUUGUUACCAUUGCUCUUAUUCUAGCCGGAGCGACGAAGGCUCGAGAAAACCGUGACAUUGGGUCUGGGCGUUCUUCUGCAACCUUGAUUGUUGUUCCGCCUGGGCUGGUCCGACAAUGGGAUGACGAACGGAAGAAAUUCACUGGCAGCAAGCUAAAAUGCCUCAUUAUCAGUGACACUGAUAGCUUGAAGAAGAAAUCGGUGAAGGACUUGUGCGAGGCCGACAUUGUGAUUGUCCCUGCUGGUCUAAUCGAAGAAGAGCCCAAAAAAGGAGACAAGAAGCGACGACCAUACACGGAACAGCUGUCGACCAAAGCUGGUGCUGGGAGAAUCCCGCCAGCACCCACCGGCUACUCUCAACGAGAAGCCCCUACUAUUGAGGGCACAUGGGUCCGGAACAUGGCGUCUGGUCCAGAAAUUUAUGUCGGUAACAGGGGCGAUCAACGCAAGCGUGAUGCCCAGGCAUACUACGGCCACUGCUACUCGGAAGCCAUUGCCAAGCUCCGAAAGAAGAAGUUCGCCGCGUCGGAACGUGGAGUGCCCAUUGAAUAUUUUACUUGGGAACGUGUCGUGAUUGAUGAGUGUCAUGAAUCAUUGGUCACGGCUAGCAAGCAAGAAACCAAAGCAGCUGAUUUCAAAGAAAAGGCUCGUCGCGGCGCCCGUGAGUUCUUGGGUGUAUCACAGACCAACGUGAAGAAGCGGCCUCUUGUGGCUACUCGUGGUGUUUGGGGUCUGACAGGAACGCCUCUCUUGGAGACUGAAGCUCGUGUCACGGAGCUUUCGAAUCUCAUGGGCGGCACCUAUCUCACGGGCGCGUCUCAUCAUUGGCGCAAGGAGGAGCGUGAAUCAGGCCGUGAUUUGUUUCUGAAUCAGUCGGAAGGUACCAAGUCGAGAGAAUACCGCUGCGCCGUUUGGGAGGCCUGCGACGCCUAUGUCAAUACGGCUUGUCAGCGCAACUGUGGUCCCAAACUCAAUGUCAAGUUGGAGCGAAAGGUCAUUGAGGUCAACAUGACUCAAGCCGAUGGAGAAGCCUUUUUGAAAGAAUCCAAGAAGGUGGAUUUGGAGAGCUUUUCCGUUACGCCGGAUCAGCUCGGCGAAAAGGCGGGUGAUGUCCUGGCUGUGACGGCCUCAUCCACGGCUCGUCAUGGCGCCUUGAUCCAGGAGAUUGAUAGCAUUCGUGAACGUGAAGCGGACACCAAGAUUAUCAUUUUCGCCAAUGCCACCUUUGGUGGUUACGACAGUGCUCUAAAAGGAUUGAAGGAGUCGGACCAAAAGUUUUGCCACAUUUCCAAUGAAAAACAUAGUGUGCAAGAACAAAACGAAGUCAUUUCGUGGUUCCGUCACGUCGAUGCCACAGACGAGGACAAGGCUCGUCCACGGAUCCUUCUCUUGUCGUUUGAACAAGCUGCUGGCCACAAUCUACAAGAAGCCUGUCACGAUGUGAUUAUCUACGACCCCAUGUAUUCUGGUACGGAUGCCGUGGCCGACGCCAGUGUGGAGGAGCAAGCCGUGGGUCGUGUGAUGCGUCAAGGUCAGAAGUACAACGUGACCGUGACGAGGAUUGUUGUCCGUGGUCCGGAUGGAGAGCGUUGCUUGGAUGAUGUCAUUGUGGAACGCAAUCUGGACAAGGAUGUGUUGGCGGCAGCGACUUCCAACUUUGACUAA